AUGGAAGAAAAAGCCCGUCCACAUUCAAUGAAGACAAAUGCUUUUGUAGCCAUUGUAUUGGCCACUGGUGCUAUUACAUCAUGUAUGAUUUUAUUCCCAAUCAUCUUCACCUAUGUUCAAUCAUUGGAAGGUCAUGUGCAAACAGAGUUAGAUCUAUGUAAGAUGCAUGCUCGAAAUAUGUGGAAAGAAAUGCUUAAAAUGAAAAAUGGUGAGAAGCAUUUGACAGUGUUACGUGUUAGUCGUGCGGCAACGAUAAUGAAAAAUAUUGUUACGGAUAUCAUGGAUCGACGGCAACGUUAUAGUGCGGGUCUAUGUUGUACAUGCCAACGUGGACCACCUGGACCACCUGGUGAACCAGGAGCUAAUGGAGUGAACGGUAUCGAUGGCCUUAUUGGUGAUAUUGGAUCGCCAGGAGCAGAAGCAAUAGCAUCACCAGAAUUGUUUCAACGAUUUCCAAAACAAUGUCCAUGCGAGGCUCCAGCAGGUCCUUUAGGUAGUCCGGGAUUACCUGGUCCACAGGGACCUCCAGGAGAUGCAGGAAUACCAGGUACUGAUGGGGCACCAGGUGAGCCUGGAUUACAAGGACAACCAGGACCACCGGGACGGGAUGGUAAUCCUGGAAAGAAAGGCUCUGCGGGUAUGCCAGGAAGACAGAUGCCAGGUAAUGAAGGUCCACCUGGACCACCGGGAAGGCCAGGAAGGCCAGGAAUGAUCGGACCGCGUGGACCACCAGGACAACCUGGUAUAGAUGGAAAACCAGGACCACCAGGUGAAGCAGGUAAACGAGGACCAGGAGGGCCACCUGGACAACCAGGAAAACAAGGGCCACCCGGUGAUCCGGGUAAGGAAGGACCAAAAGGACGCUGUGAUCACUGUCCACCUGCCCGUUUGGCCCCAGGUUAUUAA